AACACUUGCACAAUACACUUUUUGAAAUAAUGAAGGUAUAUGACCAGGUGAUAUUUACGGAUGAGCUCUUGCACCACCGAUCUGUGGGCAGCCAAAUCAAGGAGACACGGCGCACCUGGGAGGAGCGGUGCUCUUGGUUUCCGGCUGCCCAGAGGAAUCUGUAUGCAAGGUGUUCCGAGAUUUACGAGGAGUGCCUGGAGAAGUUUGGCAACGAUCACUUCGAGUUCUAUGCACAAAGAAAUCGCCUGAGGGAAGAGCACAGGGUCAAUACAAAUUCAUAUAAAGAUCGGGAAAAACGAAAAUCGCAGAGAUCAAUGGAUCAUUUAAAGGGCUACAGGGCAUCCCCCACUUCUAAUGGAGUAUAUGGGAGUGUCCCGCCAAUGCAACUGUUCUACUGCUUUUAGAUCUCUUUCGGAACUCAUAUAAAUUUG